AAUAGCCCCCGGGGGAGGGGCUGCGUUAGCAAUACAGUAUAUUUAACUCAAUGUUGAGCAAAAGAGUAUCCAGUUGUUUUCAUAAUUCACCAUCAUUUGUAAAUACAAUACUGGUUUCUUUGUAAGUCUGUAAUUUAAUGACAACGAAGCGACAGGAUAGAAACAGCAAACAAAAUCAUUUGAUUAACUUUGAAGCACAAUGAAAUGGCAGACUUUGUCAAGUCGCUGUUGAUUAGAUUUAACAUGUUUAACCUGAUUAAAAAGAUAAUUCGGGGAAACAACUUUAACAAUGAGACUUAAAAAGGAAUACUAGGCUCCAGUUUGAUCUUAUAAAGAGCAGUAUUGACUGUUUAUUUGUUUUUUUUUUGAAACUUUGCAGAAUUAGUUGCAAAUGACAAGAGUGAAGCUCCCGAGCAAGAGGAAAGGAGGUAGGCGGUACCAAACGGAGGUUGAAUCAGGUCAAGAGCGUUUGGCGCGAAAAUGACGCCAGCAGACAGAUUGCGCGCGCAGCCGGGGACCCGCAGGUCAGGUGACCGAGUGUUUUUUGAAAAGUAGGAGCGGCGCCACUAUUGGCCUAAGAUGGCCACGUGACUAACGGUCGCGGGAAAGCUGCGGUGUUGUGGCGUGUGCGCGGGUCGAGUGAGUGGGAGAGGCGUGAGCCGAGUAACCGACACCGACCGGCCGGCCGCUUGGUUGUGUGACCCACGCUGGUCCCGGGUCGGCCAGUUUCUGUUCGCCCGGGUUGGGGCCGCCGCCUCUCGUUCUGCCCCUGCCCGAGCUGCUGGUUUCCAGUCGAUAUGAGUUUCCGCCGAAGCUGUCUGAAGGCCGGCACCAGCCCCGGCCCGGCCUCCCGCUCCCUGGUGCAGAAGCUGAACUUCUCCGGCAGCGACGAGGAGGAGGAGGACGGCGGUAACAGCACCGAGGAUUCUGCCUUCCAGGAGUCUCCCGACCCCGAGCGCAAGUUCGGCGAGGGCGCCGACGGCCACCGUGCGGAGGACGAAGAGCUGGAGAUGGCCAACCUGAGCUGGGAGGACGGGUUCGUGAGCAGCCCCUCCCCCCUGAAGGGCCGCCGCGACUACCGGGACCGCCGAGACAUGGAGGAAUCCUCCAGUUCGCCACUGCGAGAGGGCGGCGAGCGCGAAGAGUGCAGCUCGCCGAUCCGAGAGGGGGGCGACCAGGAGGAGUGCAGCUCCCCCAUCCCGGACUGUCCCGACACUCCCCCUCAUAAAACCCUGAGGAAGCUCCGGCUCUUCGACACGCCGCACACCCCUAAGAGUUUAUUAUCCAAAGCAAGGGUUGCAAGUUGCCUGGGUUCCAGCUCAGUUAGACGUCGAGGAGGGGCACUUUUCAGGAACGUUGAGCAGUCUGAGAAAAUGCCAUGUGAUUACAACAAGAAUAAGCCCCCCCAUGUCAACAUUAACCCUUUUACGCCAGACUCCAUGUACAUCCACUCUUCUUCAUCUGUGCACUGUCGAAGAAGGAAAAGGACGUAUUGGGAUGGAGAACUAAUGGAUGGAAGUGAUGGGGAGCUUGAUGAUGAAAGUAUCCGGCCAGCAAAGAGAAUUCCAAUUACUGAAAGCAAUAUGAAAUCGCGAUAUACAACAGAAUUUCAUGAGUUGGAGAAGAUUGGAUCUGGAGAAUUUGGUUCUGUUUUUAAAUGUGUGAAGCGACUCGAUGGCUGUAUUUAUGCCAUAAAACGCUCAAAAAAACCAUUAGCAGGUUCAGUUGAUGAACAGAAUGCUCUACGGGAAGUCUACGCACAUGCAGUCCUAGGUCAACACACACAUGUAGUUCGCUAUUAUUCAGCCUGGGCGGAAGAUGACCAUAUGCUCAUUCAAAAUGAAUACUGCAAUGGUGGAAGCCUAUCAGAUGCCAUAGCAGAAAAUUACAGGAAUAGGCGAUACUUUAAUGAGCCAGAGCUAAGGGACCUGCUACUACAGGUUGCACGAGGUCUAAAAUACAUUCACAGUAUGUCCCUAGUACACAUGGAUAUAAAGCCAAGUAACAUAUUUAUAUCCAAAAAAUUAGUAACUAAUACUGUGGCAGAAGAGAUGGAUGAUGAUGACUGUAUAUUGUCAACGAAUAUUGUAUACAAAAUAGGUGACCUUGGACAUGUUACUCGUGUAUCCAAUCCUCACGUGGAAGAAGGAGAUAGUCGAUACCUGGCCAAUGAAGUACUACAAGAGGAUUACAGACAUUUGCUAAAAGCAGAUAUUUUUGCUCUAGCUCUCACUGUUAUAUCUGCUGCUGGUGCAGAGCCAUUGCCAAGAAAUGGGGAAAAAUGGCAUGAAAUACGACGAGGAAAGCUUCCUACAAUUCCACAAGCAUACUCUCAGGAAAUUUUGGAUUUAUUGAAAUUAAUGCUUCAUCCAGAUCCCGAGAAACGACCCACAGCAGGAGCUUUAAUCAGACAUUCAGUGCUGCUCCCGACUGCAAGAAAAAGUGCAGACCAACUUCGGUUAGAACUAAAUGCAGAAAAGUUCAAAAAUGCACUGUUGCAAAAAGAACUAAAGAAGGCACAAAUGGCAAAAGCAGCAGCAGAAGAGCGGGUGUUGUUUACUGACCGAAUGACAACAAGGUCUACAGUGCAAAGUAACAGAAAUGCUCGGCUCAUUGGGAAAAAGAUGAACCGUUCUGUCAGCCUUACAAUUUACUGAAAUUGUGUAGGUGGUUGUAACCAAUUUUAUCUUAUUUUUUAAAAAUUGGAUUUUUUUGGCAAGACAUUGGCAGUUUAGUUAUCACACAACUGUAGGACCCGUUAAGGAUACUCGUAUCUGCAAGAUUUUAUUGAAAUGUAGCAUUUCUGCUGCCUAUGGAGUCUUAAUUUGUUUUUUUAUUUUUGGAUUUUGGGGUUCCUUUUGAAUAAAAAGGACAGAUUGAUUAAAGAAUAUAUUGGAACAUUUUAUUGAGUGGCUCAUGCACCAUAAAUUCUGUAAAUUUUCUGGGGUUUAGAUUUUAAACCCAUGUUUUGUACAUUGGGAGGAUGUACUGUAACCAUGUUGUACAUUGUACUGGGAGCACUUUGUAGACAUUUGAGAUCCAUGGUAAGAGCCCAUGGGUGAACUUGUCUUGAGAAAACCGCUGCUAUAUUAGUCAGUGUUGUACACUUGCUGUAAAAUUUAUUAGCAUUUUAAACAAUCAUUGCUGUAUUAGAAAUAGGCUUUUUGGAAUAUAUUUUUAAUUAUGUGAUUUAAGGCAAAUAACAGUUGUUCACAGUUUACUACUUGUGUUUAAUAGCAGUUUUGUUUUAUUAAGCUAGUGCAUUGUAGAAAAACAUUGCACCUUGUGUUUCUUUAAGUGUUUCUAUUUACUAUACUGUAAAUUGUUCACUGUCACCGUCUUGUCCAAUAAACUGUACAUUCAUGAAUGUAAAUUUUUGGUAUGGAGUCUGUUCAUGUGAGCAUAAAAUUAUUUGAAUGUAUG